UCCACUAAGCCGACUUCAACCGAGUUUCGGCUUGGAUAUAAAAGCUACCUCCAGGUAUGCUCCGUUUAGUUUCGUUCCAGUACAUCUGAUCAUAAGUCCGAAUACGUAAAAUGAAUACGUACGUGCUCUUUUUGGUUGCGGCAUUGGGCGUUCUAUCAAUAGCAACUGCAUUUCCGCAGAAGGAGGGGCAAAUCUUCAGUAACGAAGCAAUAAAGCAGGCCCAAAACACUUUCCUAAUCCCCAAAGAUGCUACCAUCCAGAAGGUCCAGGAAGGCAUUGAGUUGGCAGCUUACGAAUCGAUCCCUGGCGACCAGAAGAUCAACCUUUUCGAAAUCCUUGGCGAACAGUUCCCUCCUGAGGUCGUAAAUAAUCUUCAAGCGCAAGUUGACCAAGUUGGACGCAACUGAUUAUUAUUCAAGACGCAGCCUAUUCGACUAGCUACAUAAGAUGGUCGACUUGAUAUCAACCUGCACUCAAUUAUCGUAUUUAUUCAUUAAGUCAUGCCCUGUACGAUCACGAGUUGUAUACCUUUUAUAUUUUCGUAAAUAAAUAUGUACAAAUUUUUAA